AUGGUUGCUCUCAGCGGCAAAAUAAUUCCACUAGCACAUACUAUAUGUGCUUCAGCCGCUUUUCUCGCAGCGUUAGCUGCAGGCUAUAAAUUACAUUUUCACAAGAUAGUGCGCAAUGCACAUUAUGGCUAUCCAGACGAGUGGUUUCCAAGUGUAUCAGCUACUAUUGGCGAUAGAUACCCCGAACGAUCGAUAUUCCAAAUUUUGAUUGCCUUGACGUCAUUUCCCCGUUUUCUUUUACUACUGGGGCACCUAUACUUGAAUGGCUCUAUCGCCUGUUUUGUCAUUGGUGUCAUACGUACAGUCACAUGUGGAGGCUGGGUAUACAUCACAAGUACCGAUGAUCAUGAUAUUCAUGACAUUUUUAUGAUUUCCUACAUUGUGCUAACUCUUCCGUGGGAUAUAAUGAUCACUCGGAAAACUACACAGGCUAAAUUGGCAAAGGGUAUAACAGCUUCAGCUUUUUUUGCUACUCUGGUGCCGCUACUCUAUUGGUACUACCAACAUCAAGUUAAACAUAUAGCUGGAGCAUACUCGGUUUACGCAUAUUUCGAGUGGUCUCUCAUAGGUUUGGACAUCGCAUUUGAUGCUCUCUCGUAUUCAGACUUUGAAAACCUGAUUGUUGAUCUGUCUUACGAAAUAUCUGAUAAUGGUACUACUUUUUUCAAAUUCGAUAAAUUGAAAUCGCCCAAGCCUCAGUCAAUAAGUCAAGGUGACACAUCGUUAUCCUGUGAUGAACAAGAGUACGUUGAAGACUCGGAGGCAGAAAUCACAGCUGAUACCACGAUUGCUGAUGUUAUACGUUCCAACGAUGAGGAAAUUGAAAUAGUGUUUGAAAAGACGGAAAAGAUAACAGUACUUCCUGACAUGAGUCGAGCUCCCUCUUAUGAUUCCUUUUUGUACAUCCUCACCAACACCUUUAAUUCUUUCAUGUUCUGGACUGCGAUGACGUCUUUAACUUGUAGUAUAUGGUAUUUUCCUCUAUGGUAUAUGGGAAUAUCUGGAUAUGAAGCUGCUAUGCUAUUCUUUUUGGGACCAAUUGUCCUAUAUAUUCCCUUUAUGCCAACGGUGAUAUACCAAUACGGUGUUUUGUUGAGCGGGAUAAUUGGCAUUGGAUCACAUUUCAUAGGCUCACCUGAAACUCGUUUGAUUGUUCAAGGUGUUGGUACCGCAAUAACCGUCGCGACAUUUGUUUUGAACUUGAAAUCACUUUUAAACAGGCAAAUCAAUGGUUCAUUCACUAUUACAUGGGUGUUUGGAUUAGUUUUGUCUGUUGCGAUUAAAAUGGGUUGUUACAGUAAUAAUCCCUUAUGGCCUAUCAUGAAUGCAGAAAAUGGUGGUUAUAACAAAACAGGCCUAGUACUUGUCACUUUUUUCGGUUUGUUGUCACCUUAUGUCAAUUCAGUUCACUUCAUGGAGGCAGAAGAUAUUGAGGCAGAAGUUACUGCCUCUGAAAAGAAAGUAUCUUUUCUCACAAGACUUUUCUUGAGUUUGGGUUUUGGAUCGCUCAUUUUUAGUAUCCAUCAACUAUUGACGGAUGCGUCAACUGUCAUAUAUUGGUCCUGGGAAGGUUGGGGAGAGAAUUCACAGGGUCCACUUUCAUGGCCUUGGAGUGGUUUGACUUGUACUGUGAUGCUUCUUGCAGGUAUUUCCUCUCUAAGAUUUUCAAAUUUCUCAUUAUUUCCUGCAUUCCUGCUGUCUGUCUCUACGGCAAUCCUGUGCAUUCGAGACAUUACGCAGUGGACUAAAUACAUAUUUGGCGGUUUACUCUAUGCUACAUCAAUUAUUUGGCUCCUUCCAUCGUAUUUUGUCGCAUUGCCCCUAACUGGAUCCCUUGCUGUUUUUGUGUGGGGUUGUCUACUUUAUAUUAUACUUGUACUUGCACACGUUUGGGUAGUUGCUUACGCAUUCGUACCAGGGGGGUGGCUGUUAAGGGAGAGGAUUGAAUAUGUUUUAGCCUUUUCUUCCUUUUGUAUUGUGUUAGGUGCCUUAUCAAUUCAGUUUUCUGGCCCCUUUACUAAGUUAAGGAACUUUGAUAGAGAUUUGAGCCCAAAGUUUUACAAGAUAGUCUCUUACUUCGCCUUCACCAUCAUUUCAUUGAUUGGUUUUUUCACAUAUAACUUGAGACCAACAGGAAUUCCCCAACCAUACCACCCUGAUUCAAAAUUAAUAACCGCUGGUAUAUGGACUAUACAUUUUGGCCUUGAUAACGAUAUGUGGGCUUCUGAAGAUGGUAUGCAAUUCUUGAUUAAAGAAAUGGAAUUAGAUGUUGUUGGUCUAUUGGAAACGGAUACACAGCGAAUUACAAUGGGCAACAGAGACUUUUCGAGUAAGUUAGGACACGAUUUGAAUAUGUAUUCCGAUUUCGGACCAGGUCCAAAUAAGCAUACAUGGGGUUGCAUGUUAUUAUCUAAAUUCCCUAUCAUCAAUUCAACACACCAUUUGCUACCUUCUCCAAAUGGGGAGUUAGCACCUGCGAUUUAUGCUACCUUAAAAACAUAUGAUGAUAUUCUAGUUGACGUUUUUGUUUUCCAUGGUGGUCAGGAGGAGGAUGACGAAGAUCGAAGAUUACAAAGUGAAAAAUUAGCUGAACUGAUGGGUAAUACAGACCGUCCGGCGAUUUUGCUAAGUUAUUUGGUUACACAUCCACAUAGAGGCUAUUACAACAACUUUGUGAGUGAAGCAUCAGGUAUGCACGAUAUUGAUCCUGCAGACGAUGAUAGAUGGUGCGAAUAUAUUCUAUACAAAAAAUUAAAGAGGACGGGCUAUGCAAGAGUUACUAGAGGUACCAUCACGGAUACAGAAAUGCAGAUUGGUAAAUUUCAAGUAUUGACUGAAGAACAGGUGACUCAGUACGGUGACUCUCUAUAUGAGUUCAACAAGUCGGACUAUACACCCAAUGGUGACCUGGAGUUCCCGAAUAAAUUUAAUGAUGAAGGUGAAAGAGGCCACCGUUAUCAUGUUUUCGAUAAGCCUUUGUAUUAUGAAGUGCCCGAUGGAAGUGUUAAAAAAUGA